CAAAUGCAAAUUCUAUAUAUUUUGAAUAAAGUUUAACUUUUUUGUUAUUUUUUAUAUCGCAUGAAUUAAAUUAUGGAUGUAUGUUGUUAGGUUCUUCGGGAAGCCAUUUUGGAUUUUUUGAAAGAAUAGAAAGACGAAAUAAAAGCAAAAAAGGGUUACCAAAAUUUGGUAUUGUGGUGCCUUAGUAAUUUCGUAGCAUGCGUCUGUCAUUUCAGAUUCAAUAUUUAUAGCUAUGGCUGAUAGGCGAAAGCUACAAGGAGAAAUAGAUAGAUGCCUUAAAAAAGUAACAGAAGGUGUGGAGUCAUUUGAAGAUAUUUGGCAAAAGGUACAUAGUGCUGCCAAUGCUAAUCAAAAAGAAAAGUAUGAAGCUGAUCUUAAAAGAGAGAUUAAAAAACUUCAGCGUCUGCGGGACCAUAUCAAGACGUGGUGUUCAAGUAGUGACAUUAAAGAUAAAAGAAUUUUGGUUGAAAAUAGAAAGUUGAUAGAAACUCAAAUGGAGAGAUUUAAAAUAGUAGAACGAGAAACAAAAACAAAAGCUUACUCCAAAGAAGGACUUGGAGCAGCUGCCAAAAUGGACCCUCAUUCGAAGGAAAAGGGAGAUGUAACAAAUUGGUUAUCUGUAACAAUAGAGAAUCUGAAUUUACAAUUGGAACAGUUUGAAAGCAGGAUAGAACAGUUGACGACCAAGAAAAAGAAGAUGGACAAAGAUAAACAAGACAUAUUUGAAGAACUAAAAGCUCAACAAGACAAACAUUUGUUUCACAUAAAGCAGUUAGAAACUAUCAUGAGAAUGGUAGACAACGAUGCUUUACCUAUUGAACAGGUAGGGAAGAUAAAGAAAAUCAAAGAUGAUGUUGAGUAUUAUGUGGAUUGUAAUCAGGAUCCUGAUUUUGAAGAAAAUGAUUUCAUAUAUGAUGAGUUAGAUCUUGAAGACGUGGGUGCAGCAGUAUUAGCAUCCUCGCCACCCAAUGAUGACAUUUAUUCGGACAACAUUUCAGGCACGCCGACAUCAACAAACUCAAGUUCUCCUUCACCUAGUCCUAGUUUAUCUAUAAAUCAUUCCAAGGACAAUGAAGAAAAUGACAGAAAAAUUAAAAAGUCAAUCAAUGAUGAGAAAAAUAAAUCAAUUCCAUUGAUAUCAUCGCCAACGUCAACAAACUCCACAUCAUCUAAUACAUCCAGUAACCAUGGUAACAAUAACAAAGUAGUGACGACGCCUUCAAAAUUGUUUACAGGGAUUUCUAUAAAUGACAGUACAAACAGCAAUCAUCGCCAAGUUACUCCACCACCUUUAAUAACAAACUCAACGACGAUACAGCCAAGUAUGACAGAAAUAAAGAACUUACAAAACUCGCUAGAGCAUUCAGGAAUGUUGUCGACGUCCUUAUUAACGAACUCUGUCUCAUUGAACUCUACAAUACCGCGAGCAUCGUCACCAUCUUUGCUUAUCAAUAAUAUUUCUUCUGUUUCACCGAGUGUUUCUUCAUUUAUUGGAUCAAGUAGUGCUAGUACUUUUGUGACCUCCAAUACUAAUGGUAGUAGUGUUAAACCGGAGGUUAAAUUGGUCAUGAAUGGACCUUUAAAUGCUGGUGGACCAUUAUUGAAACCUCAAAGUAUAAAUCUAACGUGGUAUAAAGCAGCAAGAGAGUCAUUGAGUUUUUCCGAGUCCAAUUCAGAAUCCAUGUCAUCUUUAAAGUCCAUAGCACAACAAGCAGUAGUCAAUGCGGGUUUAGAAAAUCAGAUUCCUCCUUCAUCGUCGACGGAAACGGUGUCUAUAUCAACAGAAUCAAGGGUGCUGUUUAACAAUUCAGUGAUCACAUCAAUAGCCCCACAAGUUCCUCCACCGACUUCACCGUCACCGACCGACCAGCCAACACAGACAACCACAAUAAGAUUGAAUCCUCUCCUAGGUGUUGCCCCUUUAGGGCCUGUACCAUUAAGUCGAGAACAUUUUUAUCAAUUAACAAUGUUAGAGGCUGCAUAUCAUCAUCUGCCCCAUCCGUCGGACUCUGAAAGAAUCAGACAUUAUCUUCCUCGUCAUCCGUUCCCUACGCCGACAUAUUACCCACAACUUCCACCUCCUCAUGCAGACUCAGUGGACUACUUCUUUCAACGAUUAUCGACAGAAACAUUAUUUUUUAUUUUCUAUUAUAUGGAGGGUACAAAAGCUCAAUAUCUGGCAGCAAAAGCUUUGAAAAAACAGUCAUGGAGAUUUCAUACCAAAUAUAUGAUGUGGUUUCAACGGCACGAAGAACCAAAGACUAUCACGGAAGAUUUUGAACAGGGCACAUACAUCUACUUUGAUUAUGAAAAAUGGGCCCAGCGGAAAAAAGAAGGUUUCACAUUUGAGUACCGAUAUCUGGAAGAUCGAGAUUUAAAUUAAUGAGCUGAUGUCCAAACAAACGUUAAAGUGGAUCUGUUUUAAACUGCCAUUUGAGUCUGAUGAGCCACAUUGUGUGCAGUAAUGACUUGUUACUAUGGUAACUUACUGUUACCCUGACUGGUAACUUGCUGCAGUGUUUGCAGGGACAAUACUGCAUUGCAGUCAAAAUUAUUGUGAUAUGGAUGAAUGGGAGAGCAGAGGCCACAUCUCUGAUCUCACAAACAUUGAUGGAUUAUCUCCCUUGCUAUUAUACUAUAAAGUUUGCAGGGGAGGUAAUUCAUUGAUGUUUCUCAUUUUCAUGGUUGAAUGGUCGUUAUGAAUGUCAAGUUUCAUUUUCAUGGUUCAUUUUAUAUGCAAAUGGUUGUUGAAAAAGUGGGUGUUCAACCAAAGUUCUGCUCAACCGUGAAAUGUCUGCUGGUCUCUUCUCAAUGAUUGGUCUCUAAUAAUCCUAGGAAAGACUUUAACAGUAACCUCCAAAUGUUCAACUUUUCCCCAUUAAUUGUUUUUUUAUCGUCAAUGACAAUCUGUAAUGAGAUUCCAAUUUCAGUCUUUUCUAUUCAGUUAAACAAUAACAAGCCUAAAUCAGAAAAUUAUAAUUUCCAAUGCUGUACAUGUUAAUUUGUUAUGAAAUUUGGGAAUUAUAAUCUUCUAACCUUUCUUACAUUAAGUAGUAAAACCAUGGACAAAAUGUACUCUUCAUUAUAUUAUUAACAUUUUAUGCAAUGUGCAAUCAAAGCUAUAAACAAGUAUAAUAUACAGCUUGCCCCAGAAUGUUUCCAGUAGACAAUUUUACAAUGAAAUCCUGUAAUCAGUGCUAUAACACAGAUGAAUGGUUGUUUAAUUCCUAGAAAAUUUAACUAGUCUUUGAAACAAUAACAAGUGCUGCAUCAUUUUGUCAUUUUUGCUUAAUAAAUUUUUUCUUAGGUCUAUUUUUAAUUUGGUAAACUUUUAGAAGAUUUGUUGAAAGCAUUCUGUAUAUACGUUAUUACAGUUUUUGUGCAAUGAAUUGGUUUUUAUUGUCUUAGUAGUCAAAUAUAGUUUUAUACAAGUUAUCAAUUUUGUUUAAAAAGUAAAGAUAAAUGUUUUGACUUUGCAAUACCUAUUGUUAUCUCAGUAUUAACAUGUUUCUGCAGUCAGUAGACUCCUGGUUAUACCACAGCAAACUCUGUAAACUUUCUUCUGUAUAAAAUCUGGUUAUACUGUUAACUCCUGGUUAUAACACAGCAAACUUUGUAAGCUUUCCUCUAUAUCAUAAUGUAGUCAUAACUAUAUCUUUAUACUUUUCUUGGUCAAUAUUAAAUGGGGGUUUAAAAAAGACAUUCAGAAUGAAAGGUUUUUAAUUCAUUUGAAAAAAAACAUUUUUGUAGGUGAUUAUCAUUUUGAUAUUCUUGCUCUCAAAAAAGAAAAUACGAAGGAGACUAAAUUUGCUAAUAAAAGGGUUUUCACCAGUUGAGUGUCUUUAAAAAAAAAAUUAACUCUAAUUUUAUUUCAUUUACCUUAGAUACUUAAAGAACUGUUUCAUAACUUAUAGAAAGAUUUUUACAAUAUGUUUGGAAAUGAAACUGAAUAUAUAAUGUUGAGCUAAACUUAAGGUUACAGUAACUUGAAUAUAUAAUGAUAUACUUUGAGCUGAACUAAGGUUACAGUAACUUGAAUAUAUAAUGAUAUACUUUGAGCUGAACUAAGGUUACAGUAACUUGAAUAUAUAAUGAUAUACUUUGAGCUGAACUUAUGUGAAUGUUAACACUAACUAGUCCCAGGUGUUUGGUAUAGGCUAUUUAUUGAUAAUGACCACCGUUACUCAUGGUUACAAUAAUUUGCCUAUAUUGACCACCUUUGUGACGUUGAUAGAGUUAACAGACAGAAUUGUUCCUUGGAGUAACACCAUAUUUGUUUGACAGUGGAGCAUAUUCUAUAAUUCUGAUGCUAAGAUGGGGAGAUGAUUUCUAAUUCAUUCAAGCUAUCUGAUAGGCAUUUAUGACUGUGUAGGACGCACAGAUUUUGCUAAAAUGAAAAAUGUUUUUUUUUAGGAAUUUCUAAAGUUCAUAAUAUUUUUUCAAUUUCUUUUUUGUUCAAAAUAGGGGGUUGAUUUUGUGAGCUGUGCUCAGGGUUAAUUUUUGCGAACGACAGUCUAGUCAUUUUGGCAUUUUGUGAUGGAGCAGGAAAGAAAUUUGAGAUUAUCUCCCCUUGAAAUAUUAUGUAGCUUGUCAGCAUUGAAAUGGUUGACAUAAAAAACAGAAAAUACUUAUCAGUGAUCAUGUGAUAGUCAAAUCAUGGGCCACUCAGUCACUUUUAUUUGUGUGGACUAUUUUUGUACAGUAUGUAAAUUGAUGCCUUGGUGCCUGAAGCCAUGGUGGUCUCCAACCAUAGAUGUUGUGUGACUACUCACUCGGCUCAGGAACAUCAGGGUCAAGCAAAAUAAAAAAUGCUGGAAAAAUUAUAAAAAAUAAUAAAAAUAGACAAAGAAAUUUGUCCAAUGAAUAAAAUACAA